CCCCGGCGUGCCCUCCCCGGCGGGCGGACUGGCGGACCCAGCGAGGAUCCUGCAGUUGAACGCCUGCUUUGAACCGCGAGCGGUGGAUCAAGUCGGGUUAAGCCACUUAAGAGCAGCCGCUGUGAAUGGCGACUUAGUCGAGGGGUGGUGGGCUGACUCCAUGAGAGAUGACGGAGGAAGCCAUCGUGAUCGCCAAAUGGGACUACCAGGCCCAGCAGGAGCAGGAACUUGACAUCCGGAAGAACGAGCGCCUCUGGCUGCUGGACGACUCCAAGACGUGGUGGCGGGUCCGCAAUGCCGCCAACCAGACGGGCUACGUGCCAUCCAAUUACGUGGAGCGGAAAAACAGCCUGAAGAAGGGCUCCCUGGUCCGGAACCUCAAAGACACCCUGGGUCUUGGGAAGACAAAGAGGAAGACGAGCGCCCGCGAUGCCUCCCCGACGCCCAGCACCGACGCGGAGUACUCGUCCAACGGCAUGGCGGGUGGAGCCGAACGCAUCUACGACCUCAGCAUCCCGGCACUGGUCAAGUUCGCCUACACUGCCGAGCGCGAGGACGAGCUGACCCUGGUGAAGGGGGAGAGGGUUGUCGUCAUGGAGAAGUGCAGCGACGGCUGGUGGCGGGGCAGCUCGGGGGGGCAGGUGGGCUGGUUCCCGUCCAAUUAUGUGCUGGAGGAGCAGGACGGAGAGGCGGCUUCAGUUGACUCCACCCGGGGACAGGGAGGAGGCGGGUACCAGAGGGUCGGCGGGGCCAUGGUGACGGCGAAUGGCCAGUCAGGCCUCGGCAGGGUUCUCCACACGGUCCAGACGUUGUACCCGUUCAGCUCGGUGACGGACGAGGAGCUGAACUUUGACAAGGGCGAGGUCAUGGAGGUCGUGGAGAAACCGGAGAACGACCCCGAAUGGUGGCGCUGCCGGAACGCGCGCGGCCUGGUGGGCCUGGUGCCAAAGAACUACGUGGUGGUCCUCAGCGACGGCCCCGCCCCCAUGGGUUCCACCCCCUCCCUGCUCCACACGGGGCCCAAACGCACCGGCAAGUUUGCCGGGAAGGACUGGUACUACGGCAACGUGACGCGGCACCAAGCGGAGUGCGCGCUCAACGAGCGAGGGGUGGAAGGAGACUUCCUGGUUCGAGACAGUGAGUCGUCGCCCAGUGACUUUUCCGUCUCUCUGAAAGCCGUGGGGAAGAACAAACACUUCAAGGUGCAGCUCCAGGACAGCGCUUACUGCAUCGGCCAGCGGCGUUUCGCCACCAUGGACGAGCUGGUGGAGCACUACAAGAAGGCACCCAUCUUCACCAGCGAGCACGGAGAGAAACUCUACCUGGUCCACCCCCUUCAGUGACCUCUGACCCCGUCCCACCAGUACACACUCAAUGCUAACACACAUGUGACGGACCACUAGCCAACUUUUUCGGUUUCCACUUCCUUGCUGGAGAUGGUUGGUUUUCCGUUUGUUUGUCUGUUUGUUUGUUUUUCCCGGCCUGGACAUUCAGACGUCUCUGUCAGAUCGACCACACGUUUGACCCGAGUCGUAGGUGUAGUCGGGUUGCAGCGAAUCGACCUUUUAAUCCAACAUGGAAAUAAAACGCAAAGAUACACCCCGUUUUGACGCACGUCAAUCUCUGUGGUGGUGCCGCUCGUAGGUGAAGUCACCUUGGAACCUUGGUGCCCGUCGCACAGCGAGCCGCCAUUUUGGUGGAAAUGGUGCUCACUACUGGAAGGGACCUUGAGACAAAAUUUGCUUGUUGACAGAUACCCAUCUGUCCUCCCAUAUUGUCCUUUUGAUUCUUUAAAUAUCCAGCUGACGCCUUCACCAAACGACCAUUUCAGAAGCACUUCCUCUUUUUUUUUUGCCACUACUGACGGCGGCACCACAUGUUGCAUAAAACGUCCUUCCCCUCAUCUUGUUAUUUCUCCCGUCUCUCUCUCUGAGCAACACGAGUAUCGAUGCUGUCGUUUGCCUCCAGCGUUGACCUUCAUCGACCCUGACCCGUGGAGCAAACGUGCCGGCCUUCUAACCUCGGACAUAAACGAACGCUACGCUUCCCGGUGGAGGCGGUGUGGGCGGGGGCCGAAAACGCAGAGAGACUUUACUGAUCGAUUUGCAGUCGACCGUCUCCCUUAUCAGUUCGUAAUGAACGUCCGUGAUGUGUUUUGACCCGCCCAGGAACGGAGGAACAGAUGACCCUGUUGUAUGAGAAGGGUGCUGGAGAAG